AUGGCUUGUCAUACCAAAUCCACAAAAAUGUCAAACAAGAUCGUUCCUCUUACCAUUAUCAAGGGCGCUGGCCACGAGCACAUCCCCAUUCCCGAUGGCGAGUGCGCUAUUAUCGCCGACUUCCACUCUAUCAAGAGUCAGCGCAACGACUCUGAUCAUUAUCUGACCACGGGUUUCUAUAAGGUCGUUCCUGGACCUACACGAUAUGGAUCCUACGACUACGAGGAGACAAAAUAUGUCCUCAGCGGUCAAAUUGAUGUGACUGAUGAGGCUACUGGUAUCACUCACCAUCUUGUUGCUGGAGACUGGGCCUUCUUCCACGUCGGUUCCAAAGCUCAGUUCUCCACCAGGUCUCACGGUGUUGCUUUCUACGCUGUUACUCGGCCUGCAAACGACACUCCUCACAUCAACCUCAAGGGUCGUGAGGAGAGCACUUCCAAGUUGUAA